CCCUCCCAGUGACCUCACAGCUCCUCUCUGUCCGUCCCUCCCCCCGCUCUAGCGGACAGCAUCCAAUCAAGGGCGGCGGCGGCCCUGUCCUUCGGCCCUCGUUGACGCUUUGGCCCCGCCCCCCCGGCCGCCGCUGGCGCUUGGCUGUGGGCAUCGGGAGAGGCAGCCGAGCCCCUUCGCGUGCUCCUCACUUCCUUCCUCUCAGUGGCUGGUGCUUGCGCGGGGAACUCUUCUCCUUGCCUCCUUCUUCUGCCUCUCUCCGUUAUCCUCGCGUGUGCCUCCUCAACCACCCGGCGACAUGAAGAGUGCGGCGGAGGGAGCCGAAUUCAACAUCCUCUUGGCCACCGACUCCUACAAGGUGACACACUAUAAGCAAUACCCACCCAAUACAAGCAAAGUUUAUUCCUACUUUGAAUGUCGAGAGAAGAAGACGGAAAACUCUAAAUUAAGGAAGGUGAAAUAUGAGGAAACUGUUUUUUACGGGUUGCAGUACAUUCUUAAAAAAUAUUUAAAAGGCAAAGUGGUAACCAAAGAGAAAAUUCAGGAAGCCAAAGAAGUAUAUAAGGAACACUUUCAAGAUGAUGUCUUUAAUGAAACAGGAUGGAACUACAUUCUUGAGAAGUAUGAAGGGUGUCUUCCUAUAGAAGUAAAGGCUGUUCCUGAGGGCUCUGUCAUUCCCAGAGGAAAUGUACUUUUCACAGUUGAAAACACUGAUCCAGACUGUUACUGGCUCACAAACUGGAUUGAAACUAUUCUUGUUCAGUCCUGGUAUCCAAUCACAGUGGCCACAAACUCUAGAGAACAAAAGAAGAUAUUGGCAAAAUACCUGCUAGAAACCUCUGGCAGUUUAGAAGGACUGGAGUACAAACUACAUGACUUUGGCUACAGAGGGGUUUCUUCCCAAGAGACUGCAGGAAUAGGAGCCUCUGCACAUUUGGUGAACUUUAAAGGAACUGACACUGUAGCGGGAAUUGCUUUAAUUAAGAAAUACUAUGGAACAAAAGACCCUGUGCCAGGCUAUUCUGUUCCAGCUGCUGAACACAGUACUAUAACAGCUUGGGGGAAAGACCAUGAAAAAGAUGCUUUUGAACACAUUGUAACACAGUUUUCUUCAGUGCCUGUAUCUGUGGUCAGUGACAGUUAUGACAUCUACAACGCUUGUGAAAAAAUAUGGGGUGAGGAUUUAAGGCAUUUAAUUGAAUCAAGAAGUCCAGAGGCGCCACUGAUUAUUAGACCAGAUUCAGGGAAUCCUCUUGACACUGUGCUAAAGGUUUUGGACAUUCUAAGAAAGAAGUUCCCUGUUACGGAAAAUUAUUUGGGCUAUAAAGUGUUACCUCCUUACCUCAGAAUUAUUCAAGGAGAUGGUGUCGAUAUCAACACAUUGCAAGAGAUGGUGGAAGGAAUGAAACAGCAGAAAUGGAGUAUUGAAAAUAUUGCCUUUGGAUCUGGGGGAGCUUUACUGCAAAAAAUAACUAGGGAUCUCCUGAAUUGCUCCUUCAAAUGUAGUUAUGUGGUGACCAACGGCCUUGGGGUCAAUGUCUUUAAGGAUCCUGUAGCUGAUCCUAACAAAAGAUCAAAGAAAGGUCGAUUGUCUUUACACAGGACACCAAAUGGUGACUUCGUUACACUAGAAGAAGGCAAAGGAGAUCUUGAAGAAUAUGGCCAGGAUCUCCUUCACACAGUGUUUAAGAAUGGAGUCGUAACGAAAUCUUACUCAUUUGAUGAAGUAAGAAAAAAUGCCCAGCUGAAGACUAGUGAACUGAAUUUGGCAUCUCACUAAAGUUUCAUUCCAUGUUUGUAUGUGUGUAACAAUUAUGUACUGCAUAGCUAAUGUUUUCUUGUACAGAUCUGUGUGAUUGUGUUUUCCACAUUAUAGCCAAAUUAUUUGUUGGUUUAUGGACAUCACUGCCCUGUUUUAUUUUUGAUUUUUUGCUUGUCUUUAGAAGAAAUGGGAUUGGGAGAUACUUGUAGUGCAAAACAUGUUCAGUGUGCUUUUAGGUGCCCCUUGCCAGUAGUGAUUCAAUCUGGUAUUGAUCUCACAAAUGAGACAAAUGUGACUUUUUAUAUAUACAUAUAUACAUAUAUAUAUAUAUAUAUAGUAGGAUAUCGCAAACAGAUUUGCAUAAAAGUAUCAUUGCUUUAUGUUUAUAUUUAACUUGUAUUUUUGUACAAACAAGAUUGUGUAAAAUAUAUUUAAAAUUUCAAUAAUUAUGUCUUUCCAACUUUUCAUGAUUUUUAUGAGCACAGCCUUUCAAGGAAAUACUUGGGGUGGGGAAAUUCAUUGCCUUUUUGUCCAUUGAUCAGCAAAUAAAACAUGGCCUUAAGUUUUAUUGUGACAACUGUACUAUUUGAAACUUUUAAUCAGGACUCUCCCUCAGAUUCUUAGUAGUACAGUCCUUGGUGUUCAUUGUAGUUAUAUCUGUGUCUGUUGACAGCUAAACUUCUGUUCUUGCUAGAAUGGUGAGGUACUAUAAAUCUGCAGGCCUUGCUAAAGGGCAAGAAAGUCAAUGGAAUGCCAAAUGUUAAAGGACUUUUUACUGCAACAAAGAUUGCCAGGUGCACCUUUUAAGAGCAAGGCUAUGCACUCAUAUCUGGGUGUAAGUCUCAUUGAAAUCAUUGGAACUUGUUACUAAGUAAAUAUGUGUGAGUUUGGGCUACGCAACAUCGAAGGGAUCUGUUCUUCCACUACAGGAUGUAUAACAUGUAAAAUAUUGACAGGCAUGGAAGUGGUGUAUUAAAGUAAUUACACUUCUGGAUUUAUUUUUCCAUAUAUUGUGACCGACUUUAAAGCAAAAUACUGAAUGGAGUAGUACACUUUUUAAUUUUUUUGUAUUUUGGUCAUUAAUUUUGCCUUUUUGUCAGAUUGGAUAUUAAAUUGUAUAGACAUCUUGACUAUUUUUUGUUAAACAACUUGAAUAAAACAUACUAGCCAAACUCCUUUUACAUUGGUAGCCUCCCCUAUUGGGGACACUAUGCAGAGGUUAACUAUUUUAAGAAACAAAUGGUAAUGAAAGGUACACUCUCUCUCUUUUUUUUUGUUGCUGCACUUGAUUCACUUUCUACACAUGCUCUGAAUUGCUUACUAAAGAACAAGACAGUUAGUGACUGACUUAAUCAAGUUCUCAGGUGUACAGCCAUACUUCAGGAUAGUUCCUGGAAGAAAAGGACUUGGCAGCCUUUCUAGAGAAGGCAGUAUAAUUGUCUUGAAUAAUUCUGGUGAGGGAUAAAAUGUCUGGUCAUUGUACAGAUGGCACUUGGGUGGAUUUGAACAAUUUGAAUUCUUGAAAAUGGUUCAGAAGAGCUUGAAUGAAAUGGAGAAAGCAAAGAUACUAUGCUUUUAAACAUGUUUGAAAAGCCAUAUUUUAAUGUUCCUACUAUGAAAUGUGUUUAAUUAUCUAGAAGUGGUGUUGAGUCAUCUGUGCCCCAUCUCAGUAGUUUAUUUUGCUUAAUAAGGUUUCUACUAUUACUGUAUGUGAUUAUACAUGGAACAGAGGUAUUGUUAUCAAAAGCAGUAGCUUGGUUAGUUCUCUAAACACUGACUUUCAUGCCUAGAAGCAGCCUUCCUUACUCAGAUAACUGCAACAGGUUUGUCUUGAUCAGAAAAAAAAAGCAGAUUAAAGAUUAGCAAAGCUUUAACCCCUCUACUUAGUGUUCUGGGGAACAAAUUAUGUGAUUAGUACAAAAAGCCUAGUAAGUCUCCCUUAUAACUGAUAUUUUUGUACCUGAAGGCUGUGUAAAGGUACUAUUAUGUACCAUAAAAUCCUUGAUUGAAUGCUUGAUUUCUAGAUAUUUCUAGGGGGUUGUUUUAUAUUAAGACUCUCUCUGAAUUUCCUCAGCUACAUUUGUUAGCACUGGUUCCUACUACCAAGGGUUUAGUGAUGGAUAGGUGACAAUAUCCAAGGCGCCAAGUAGUUUGGUGUUGGAUACAACUUACUCAACAGACCUUGAACCUGAAAUAUCCUAAUUCUUCCAUACUGAAGCAAACAGCAUGUUUGGUUUUGCUUCAAACAGUUGGGUAUGUAGGAAUUGGUGUCUUUAGCUCCCAUUUCAUUAUAGUACAGUAUUUGUAUUUAAAGAUGGCAACUGGGAAUCUUUGUGUUUACUCUAAAAGUAAUUUAUUUGUAACCUGUAUUUAACAUAAAAAUAUUUUUGUGACUAUUUUUUUCUCAAGAGUGGUUAUGAAAUUGAUAUAAAAUCUUUUAUAGCAAAGAAUUGGUCUUGGAAGAUUUGAGAUGUAUUUAUUUGCCAAAAUUCAAACCUUAAACAGAAUUUUCUCUAGUUUUACAUUCCUUCCUACCCUACUUAGCUGUGUAAGUAUUCUUCACAUGAAGCCUAUGUUAAUUAGUCAUAAUGUCUUGGCAUCAAAGAUGAAUGUGAUAAACAUGAAAAUAAAGUUUAGUUCCAGUAGUAAAACACAUAGCUACUUGACUUUGUUUAAGACUUUUGCUGUUCAAUUGUCAAGACAACUUGUGUUUUAAUAACCCUUCUAGGACAGAGGGCAAUAUGAUGCUGUAAACCAGGGAUGGCCAAUUUCUUAAAUUCUUGACUGUUUUACUCAGCAGACACUAGGCCAGAGGUUUGAAAUAUACUUUGGUAUGCAAUCCGAUCCUGCUCCCUGCCUCAAAGGGGGGGACACCAAAGUUGGCAUCAGCUAACAGUAAGGACUUCACAAUUAUAGAGCACAUGUGCUCAGAUAGUUAUGAAGUUAUUGACUGGGGAAGUUGAGAACUUAAUGUUUCUUGAUUGAUCUGCUCAAGAGAUAGGUAAAUGACUUGUCAUUCUAGAAUAUAGAUUGAGUAGUAGUACUAUAAAAUAUAUGUGAAUGAAGUGAACAGGUUUUUACUACACUGUGGUAAGCCCUAGAAAUGUCUCCAGGGGGCAGGUUUAGCUCACAGUCUGCCAGUUGGCCAUCCCUCGUGUAACUCAGUUAGCCCUCCUGCUCACAAUGUAUAAUUCUAGAUUUGUAGAAAAGGUAGGACUACAUUCACUUCACCUCGUCAUCUCUCUAAUUCAACACUAUUUCUUCUGUGCUCAUUUGUAUUAGUUCUUUGCACAUCUAAUGGUGUGCAGUUAACAAAAUAGUGGUAACUUGGAGAAUGUUAAUUCUGCUUGCUACACACUUAGCCCAUGAACACUGAAAAGAGUUAGUGUAUAAGAGAAAUGGACCUGUCUGCACAGUUCUUACUGCCAGUGGGAAGCCACAAUUGGCUACUUCUCCCUACUGCUGUAUUUACCUGAAUCCAAGACUAGGUUUUUUUCAAGUUUUUUAAUAUUAGCAAUUGGGAGAUCCAGGGUCCUGUUCCUUUUGAGCAAAUGCAGGUAUAACAUCUUCAUAAAGGGGGAGUUUUAAAAUUCAGAGUUUUUGAUUCAGGUAAAUAUGGUAUACAGUACCUAUAGAUAGUCUACACCCCCUUGAACAUUUGUCUACACCAGAGCUUACAACAUUACAAGGGGAGUGGAGACUUAUCUUAGGGUUGCAUUUCAGUUCUGUAUUUUGAAUGUAUGCUUUUCCCCACAAACACAUUUUGUUUUCUCUGAAAAGUAUGGUGUGUUGAUGAGUGGAAUAACAUUUAAAUACAUACACAUCCGAUGCACUAACAACAAAAUGUGAUAAAUGUUCAAGGGGGUAUAGACUUUCUAUAGGCACUGUAUGUGCAGUCCAUGCAAAAAUGAUUGACCAAGUUUUCUUCCAUCUGGAAGUAAGCACAUUCUGGAAAGGGGCUGUAGCUUAAGGCUAGAAUAUCACAGAUAGCAUAGCUAGCUAAGCAUUUUACCUGGAGAUCUUAAUGUGCUGCAGCCAACUCCAGACAAAACUGGGCUUGAUAAUUAUCCUGAUUUUUUUUUUAGAGGUGGCAAUUAAGAAAAAUGCUGCUUGUAAUCUGUCUGACCUGUAAACCUGAAACCAAAUUUUGUUCUCAUCUUAAUAGGUUUUCACAGUACAAAUACUCAUUACAAGAAAUAUGUACCAAAUAGCUUUCAAAAAUAAAGAAUCCAUAUUUUCCCAUAAAGCAGUUCACUUGAAGUUAGUUUUGAUGUACCCAAUCUAGAAAGUCUGAUGUAACUAAUCACCAAGAACAGGGAUAGAACUCCCUUCAUACAAUUAGCUGAAAAACAUUUAAGCGAUACAAAACUGCAGACUGCUUCAUUUCCCCUCCCCCCUCUAGCUUCACAGGAAAUCUUUGCUCAUAAUGCAAAUGCAUUAAGGAGUAUAAAUAUUGCACUGUUGAAAUACUCUUAACCCAGAUGCACAAUAUUAUCAUUAUUUUUACAUUUAUAUCCCGCUCUUCUUCCAAGGAGCCCAGAGCAGUGUACUACGUACUUGAGUUUCUCUUUCACAACAGCCCUGUGAAGUAGGCUAGGCUGAGAGAGAAGUGGCUGGCCCAGAGUCACCCAGCUAGUAUCAUGGCUGAAUGGGGAUUUGAACUCAGGUCUCCCUGGUCCUAGUCCAGCACUCUAACCACUACACCACGUUGGCUCUUUAGAUAACUAAAGUUAUAAUAACGCUAGCUAAAGAUGCAUUAUUAUAACUUCUAGAUUAUUUUCAGCAAUUUUACUUUUUAGUUAUCUGUUGUGCAUCUGGGCUUUCAACAGUGCAAUAACUGGGGGGAGGAGUGCUUCAGUGUGUAACUCGUAGUUCCGCCCACUGGAUUGCAGAAGCCAAAUAAACUAUCCCAAGAAGUAAACAAUUUGGAUUCAUUAGCACAAAGUACAGCCCCACCCUUGUGGGUUUUCAGAAAUUAGCAGUCAUUGAUAGCAGUCUUAUUCUAGAACGGUUACAGAUUUUCCCCCCCAAAGGGAGAUUAGAGCAUGAAUCAGAAUUUAUAAGGAGGGUUGAUAUCACAGGCCUCAGUCAAGCCAGGUGUGUUUUACUAUGUUAGGGUUAAUUAACUUAGCAUUGCUUGGAGGUUAUCAUCGCCAAUUGUGAAUUGUCACUUUGUGUAUUUUUGUAUAUUUUUAGGCUUGUCAUGAGACUAGGCUUUUUGCAUUUCCUCUUGCAUUUUACUGUCUGUCUGUCCCCAUGUGUAUAAUAUAUAUACAUGCAUCUAAUGAAGUGAACUGUAGUCCACAAAAGCUUAUGCUACAAUAAAUUUGUUAGUUUUUAAGCUG